GAUGUUUCAGAAGAACAUCACAAUGUCCCACAGUAUGAUCAGCUUGUAAAUCCGGAUGAAGAUCUGAACAAUAUUAAUCCUACAGAGACAUAUGUGAGGGGUGAUGAGCAGAGUAAAGAGGACAUUCCUACAGAUAACCGCCCAGAUGACUGUACCAGGAACUUAGAGAAACAUCUGGUAUCUUCAGAUUUUGAAGUAGAUGAUUGUGGUAUCACACGAGAUACAUUUGAAGAGCAUGCCAAUAUGCAAGAUAUACCCUCAUCCAAUCACAACAACAAUGCAUCAUUUGAUUCUUUUAAACAGGUCCGAUCUUCUGAUUUAUCACAGACUGUAACACAGAAUAAAAGUCACAGAAGAGGUGCUAAACAUCAAACAGCUCACGUAAAAGAGAAGCCAUUUUCAUUUUCAGAAUGUGGUAACUUUUUUAGAAUUAAAUCAGAACUUGUACAUCUGAAAAUUCACACAGAGGAGAAGCCAUUUUUAUGUUCAGAAUGUAGUAAAUGUUUUAAUCAGAAAUCAGAACUUGUUAGACAUCAGAGAGUUCACACAGGAGAGAGGCCAUUUUCAUGUUCAGAAUGUGGGAAAUAUUUUAAGAAUAAAUCAGCUCUUGUUAUACAUAAGAGAAAUCACACAGAAGAGAAGCCAUUUUCAUGUUCAGAAUGUGGGAAAUGUUUUAAGCAGACAUCAGCUUUUUUUGAACAUCAGAGAGUUCACACAGGAGAGAAGCAAUUUUCAUGUUCAGAAUGUGGGAAAUCUUUUAAGAAUAAAUCAGCUCUUGUUAUACAUCAGAGAGUUCACACCGGGGAGAAGCCAUUUUCAUGCUCAGAAUGUGGGAAAUGUUUUAAGCAAAAAUCACAUCUUGUUAUACAUCAGAGAAAUCAUACAGGAGAGAGGUUAUUUUCAUGUUCAGAAUGUGGGAAAUGUUUCAACCUAAAUUGCAAAUUAGUGAGACAUCAGAGAAUUCACACAGGGGAGAAGCCAUUUUCAUGUUCAGCAUGUAGUAAAUGUUUUAUUCAGAUAUCAGAACUUGUUAGACAUCAGAGAGUUCACACAGGAGAGAGGCCAUUUUCAUGUUCAGAAUGUGGGAAAUGUUUUAAGAAUAAAUCAGCUCUUGUUAUACAUCAGAGAAUUCACACAGGAGAGAAGCCAUUUUCAUGUUCAGAAUGUGAGAAAUGUUUUAACCGUAAAUCAAAUCUUGUUAUACAUCAGAGAAAUCACACAGGAGAGAAGCCAUUUUCAUGUUCAGAAUGUGGGAAAUGUUUUAAGCAGACAUCAGCAUUUUUUGAACAUCAGAGAAAUCACACAAGGGAGAAGCCAUUUUCAUGUUCAGAAUGUGGGAAAUGUUUUAAGGAAAAAUCAGUUCUUGUUAUGCAUCAGAGAAUUCACACAGGGGAGAAGCCAUUUUCAUGUUCAGAAUGUGAGAAAUGUUUUAAUUAUAAAUCAUCUCUAUUUAAACAUCAGAGAAUUCACACAGGGGAGAAGCCGUUUUCAUGUUCAGAAUGUAUUAAAUGUUUUAAUCAGAAAUCAGAACUUGUUAGACAUCAGAGAGUUCACACAGGAGAGAGGCCAUUUUCAUGUUCAGAAUGUGGGAAAUGUUUUAAGAAUAAAUCCGCUCUUGUUAUACAUCAGAAAAUUCACACAGGAGAGAACCCAUUUUCAUGCUCAGAAUGUGGGAAAUGUUUUAAGCAUAAAUCAUAUCUUGUUAUACAUCAGAGAAAUCACACAGGAGAGAGGCCAUUUUCAUGUUCAGAAUGUGGGAAAUGCUUUAACCUUAAAUCAAGUCUUAAUACACAUCAGAAAAUGCACACAGGGGAGAAGCCAUUUUCAUGUUCAGAAUGUGGGAAAUGUUUUAACCUUAAAUCAAAUCUUAAUGCGCAUCAGAAAAUUCACACAGGGGAGAAGCCAUUUUCAUGUUCAGAAUGUGGGAAAUGUUUCAACCUUACAGGAAAGUUGGUGAGACAUCAGAGAAUUCACACCAGGGAGAAGCCUUUUUCAUGUUCAGAAUGUGGGAAAUGUUUUAAGCAUAAAUCAGCUCUUGUUACACAUCAAAAAACUCACACAGGAGAGAAGCCAUUUUCAUGCUCAGAAUGUGGUAAAUGUUUUAUGUAUAAACAAGCUCUUGUUUUACAUCAGAGAACUCACACAGGGGAGAAGCCAUAUCCAUGUUCAGAAUGUGGGAAAUGUUUUAAGCAGAAAUCAGCUCUUGUUACACAUCAGAAAACUCACACAGGAGAGAAACCAUAUACAUGUUCAGAAUGUGGGAAAUGUUUUAAGCAGAAAUCAGCUCUUGUUACACAUCAAAAAACUCACACAGGAGAGAAGCCAUUUUCAUGCUUAGAAUGUGGGAAAUGUUUUAAGUAUAAACAAGCUCUUGUUGUACAUCAGAGAACUCACACAGGAGAGAAGCCAUUUUCAUGUUCAGAAUGUGGGAAAUGUUUUAAGUAUAAACAAGAUCUUGUUGUACAUCAGAGUAUUCACACAGGAGAGAAACCAUUUUCAUGCUCAGAAUGUGGAAAAUCUUUUAACCAGAAAUCAGCUUUUGUUACACAUCGAAAAACUCACAGAGAGAAGCCAUCUCCAUGCUUAGCCCUUUAGUGACCUCCCUUAUGUGUUUUUAUGGUAGUCAGUGUCGCUAACUGGCUUUAUUCCGUCAGACACUCCUUUUUAGGUCUCCUGCACACGAACAUUUUUA